AUGGAGGACACCAACAUGACCAAGGCGGGGAGUCAGUACAUCGUCCACGAUGUUGAAGAUCCACUGUCCCCGCAGUCGCCGCCAACGUUCAGACCGGCUUCCGAUGAUGGGCAGAUCGUUUCCGAGCAUGAACGGUUAGGGCUAGUUCGUGGCUUGUCGCAGCGACAUGUUCAAAUGAUUGCUAUUGCGGGUGCAAUUGGCACGGGUCUUUUCUUGGGACUGGGUGGUUCCAUUGCUACUGGUGGUCCGCUGGGUGCUCUGUUGGGUUAUGCGUUUGUGGGUGCUGUGGUCUGCGCAAUUCAGUUUGCGCUAGGUGAAGUCGCCGCCUUAAUGCCAGUGACGGGUUCUUUUGUGCGCCAUGCAGAGCUUCUCGUCGACCCUGCGCUGUCAUUUGCAAUCGGCUGGAAUGUCGUGUAUGGAUGCUUCCUCAGUGUGCCGAGUGAGAUUUCCGCCAGUGUGGUUUUGAUUCAGUAUUGGACCGAUAUCAGCGCCGCCGUGUGGGUGACCAUCCUGAUCGUCGUCUCUGUGGCGGUGGCCAUCUCGUUCGUCCGAGUCUAUGGGGAGGUGGAAUUCAUUUUUGCCAUCUUGAAGAUCCUCCUGGUUAUCUUUGUUGUCAUUCUGGGCCUGGUCAUCGACCUUGGGGGAGUGCCCGGCGUACCACGACGAGGAUUUCACUUCUGGAAAGAUCCCGGUCCGUUUGUCGAAUACAUCUCCACGGGCUCUUGGGGCCGUUUCUUGGGUUUCUGGGCUGUCAUGACCAAUGCAGUCUACUCGUUCGCCGGCGUGGAAUCUUUGGCCAUGGCCGCUGCUGAAACCAAGAACCCCCGUCAAAACAUCCCCAAGGCUUGCAAGCGGGUAUUUGCCCGAGUGUCCAUUUUCUAUCUUGCAGCCGUUCUGAUCGUCGGCAUGUUGGUGUCAAGCGCUGACCCCCGUCUCGGAGACGACUCCGGUACUGCAUCGACGAGCCCUUUCGUUCUCGCCGCCAGCGAUGCCGGUAUCAAGGCCAUUCCGUCAGUCGUGAAUGCUGUUUGCUUGACAUCUGCUUGGUCUGCUUCCAAUCAGAGUAUUCUGGCAGGAACAAGAACGCUGUAUGGUCUGGCCGUCAAAGGCCAUGCUCCGAAGAUCUUCCUUCGAACUACUAAGUGGGGUAUCCCAUACAUGUGUGUUUUACUGCAGAUCCUUUUUUCUCUUUUGUCCUACAUGUGCGUUUCGAAUAGCGCCAUGAACGUCUUCUGGUGGUUUGUGGACUUGACAGCAGCUGGUACUUUGGUCUCCUGGAUCGCCAUUGCGCUGAACCAUAUUCGCCUAUUGCAAGCCCUGAAGAAGCAAGGCAUUUCACCUCACCAAUUGCCGUGGCAUAAUCCCAUAACCAAAUACACUAGCUGGUUCGCCUUGAUCUCUUGCGUCGUCAUCCUAUUCACCGGAGGAUUUGCGGUUUUCACAGACGGCAACUGGGAUGUUGCCACAUUCGUUUCGUCCUAUUUGGAUAUUCCUCUCGUGCUUUUAGCAUACGGAGGCUAUAAACUAAUCCGUCGGACCAAAAUCAUCCCUCUUGAUGAGGUCCCUGUUCAGCGUGCCAUCGACGAAGCCAACAACGACCCUGAGAAUGUUCCAAUUAAGAAGGACAACCUGUUAGCAAAGAUCAACAUUUUCUGGGGGUGA